UCCCGCGCCGACUUCGCCCGGGACGGCCGCGGAGACCAUCCAGGCGACAGCGGCAGCCGGAGGCGCUCUCCUGGUCUGCGUUCUGACUCUUCUUUGGAACAGAGCUUAAGGAUCACUGUUGGUAAUGACCAUUUCUGUGUUGGCAUACCAGAACGGCGGCGGCUUAGUGAUCGACUGGGGUCACCAGUGGAUAAUCUGGAGGACGUGGACAGGGAUGACCUGACUGAUGAUUCUGUCUUCACUCGAAGUUCCCAAUGCUCUCGAGGUCUUGAACGAUAUAUUUCCCGGGAGGAGGGACCUCUUAGUCCGUUCUUAGGACAACUUGAUGAGGACUACCGGACAAGAGAAACUUUCCUGCAUCGUUCUGAUUAUAGUCCCCAUAUCAGUUGUCAUGAUGAGCUGUUGCGGGGAACAGAAAGGAAUAGAGAUAAACUCAAAGGUUCCUACUCCAUACGACCCGAGGAAAGGAGUCGGGAGGCCAAACGGCCCCGUUACGAUGACACAGAGAAGAUACACAGCAUGGGAGGUGAUCACUCAGGUUUUACAUCAGGGACCCGCAACUAUCGACAGCGUAGACGAAGCCCAAGCCCUAGGUUUCUAGAUCCUGAGUUUCGAGAGCUGGACCUUGCCAGGCGAAAACGAGAGGAAGAGGAGGAACGAAGUAGGAGCUUGAGUCAGGAGCUGGUUGGCGUUGAUGGUGGUGACACUAGCUGUCCCAUUCCUGGACUGUCGGGUGUCCUAACAGCAUCGGAGCCAGGAUAUUCUUUACAUCGGCCUGAGGAAGUAUCUGUGAUGCCCAAGAAGUCAAUUCUGAAGAAACGGAUUGAGGUGGACAUGGAGCCUUCCAUUCAGCUUGAUAGUUUUUCCAGCAGUACCAGCUCCAGCCAGGAUCACCCUGUCUACUCUGGUCACCCAUCUCUUCCACUAAGUGGUGCUAUUGCUGCUUUUGCCUCAGAGAUUGAAAAUAAGGGAACUAUGGUAGAGACUACCCUGAAGGAACCUCAGGGCAGCCUCUACCAAUGGGGUCCUCUCCCUGGGAUGCCCAAAGACAACAGUCCUCUCAGAGAGAAGUUUGGAAGUUUUCUCUGCCACAAGGAGAAACUGAAUAUGAAGCCUGAGGGGCCUGAGCGACACACAGACUUCUUGCUCCCCCAUGAGACGGCUAGCCAGGAUGGCAGUGGUUUUUCCCGCAUUUUGAGCAUGUUGGCAGACUCUACCAGUACACAGGAAAAAAGGCGCCGUAGUUUCCCUGACAUUGAGGAUGAGGAGAAAUUUCUCUAUGGGGAUGAAGAAGAGGAUUUAAAGGCAGAAUCUCCACCAAAGCCCCUUGGGGGCUCUGCGAGUGAAGUCUUGAGACAGAAGGCAAGCUCCCUGCCCUCUUCAGCUCCAGCUGUAAAACUAGAAUCAAUAGAAGAGACCAAUCCAGAAUAUGCCAAGAUUCAUGACUUGCUCAAGACCAUAGGGCUGGAUAUCGGGGUAGCAGAGAUUAGUAAACUGGCCGCCCGCACCCAGGAACGACUUCAUGGCAAGAAACCAUCACGUUCCUCUGCUGACCGCCGUUCAUCAGUUGACCGGCACUUUUCAGCAGACCGCUGCUCCUCAGUUGACCACCAUUUCUCAGCUGAUCGGCACUCCUCAGAUCCUCACAGACUGGAGAGCAGGGAGGCACACCAUAGCAAUACCCACUCCCCAGAGGUGUCCCAUCCACAUCCAGUCUCCCCUGUAGAUCCUUACCUGCUCACAAAAAACAGCCCCCCAUUCCUAAAGUCUGACCAUUCAGUGGGUCAUGUUGCAGGGUCAGAGGUAGUUGGCAGUGGUUUUCAGUCAUCUGUGGCUGUCAGAUGCAUGUUACCGUCAGCCCCGUCUGCCCCAAUUAGACUUCCACAUCCUGCUUCAUUAUCUCAGUUUCAUAUGCCAAGGGCCUCUCAGUUUGCUGCAGCUCGGAUACCUCCAAACUACCAGGGACCUGCCAUUCCCUCUGCUUCCUUUGAUGCCUACAGGCAUUACAUGGCAUAUGCAGCCUCAAGGUGGCCCAUGUAUCCCGCCUCUCAACCAUCCAACCACUCUCUACCUGAACCACACAGGGUAAUACCCGUUACCAAACAAGCUACUCGUAGCCGUCCCAAUCUCCGUGUGAUACCCACUGUGACUCCUGAUGAGCCCAAACAGGAGGAGUCAGUGCUAAGCUCAAUUCCUACUGCUCAAGUGCCUGUCCAGGUGUCCAUCCCAUCACUCAUAAGAUACAAUCCGGAGAAGAUCUCUGACGAGAAGAACCGUGCUUCCCAGAAGCAGAAGGUUAUUGAAGAGAGGGAAAAGCUAAAGAGUGACCGGGAAGCUCGCCAGAAGAAGAUGUACUACCUCAGGACUGAAUUGGAGCGGCUUCAUAAACAACAAGGGGAAAUGCUACGCAAGAAACGAAGGGAGAAAGAUGGCCACAAAGACCCGCUCCUCGUGGAGGUGAGUCGGCUUCAGGAUAACAUUAUGAAGGACAUUGCAGAACUUCGACAAGAGGCAGAAGAGGCAGAAAAGAAGCAGUCUGAACUGGACAAAGUGGCUCAGAUCUUGGGAAUUAACAUUUUGGAUAAAUCCCAAAAGUCUUCAAAUGAGAGUAAAGAGACUCCAGAGAAGUCUGGGAAAGCAGAAAAAUCUAAGAGCCCAGAAAAAGUGUCAUCAUCCUCAAAUUCCUCUUCCAACAGCAAGGAAUCAAAGGUAAACAGUGAGAAUUCCCAUACUAAGAGCCCCAAGCCUGCCGAGAGCCCCCAGCCAGCUGCUAAGCAGGCUGAUCAGCCUGUUGCUGCCUAUGAGUAUUAUGAUGCUGGCAAUCACUGGUGCAAAGACUGCAACACCAUCUGUGGAACCAUGUUUGACUUCUUCACUCAUAUGCACAAUAAGAAGCACACACAGGAGCAGUUGCUAAAGUCCAGAUUUCCAGAAGGAAGGACUGCAGAAGACAUCUUUGCCUCAGGGAGGCAGGGAUAGAAGCCACAGAGACCAAAGAAAUAAUGAGCACCUUGGGGUCAGUAGGCAGUCACCUCCAGGGUCUGACUUCCGGAAGGUAGGUAUGGCUGCCGGGACAGGGAUGGGUUGUGGAGAAGGCCCUCAGCUGCCAGCAAAUGGCGAGUUGGGUGAGCAAAUGUUGUGUAUGUAUGUCUGUAUCUUUGUAGCAGUAGAAGAGGAACAAGAUAAGGAUAGGCAUAGAGAUGUAUAUUUUAAGCUUGCCACUCCUCGUCUCAAUUUUAUCUCCUAACUUCCAUCUCUCAUUUUGUGCCAUGAUACUUAUUUUAAAGCUGUGGCUUUCAGAUCUUCUCAUCCCUCCUGGAGCCUGGGCCCCAGUGUU